CCCCCCCCCCGCAGCAGCAGGUGGGAGAAGGACCCAGCGGCUCCCAGGACCUCCCAUGUAGCUGCCCGGCUUUGUCCCUGCCCCUGGACGGUCCUGCCCUCAACUGUCCUCCCCCCGGACUGACCUGCUCCUCCCUGCUCCUGCCCCCCGGACUGUCCUGCCCCUGGACUGUCCUGCUCCUGCCCGUUCCUGCCCCUGGACUGGCCUGUCCCUAACCCUGUCCUGCCCCUGGACUCUCCUGCCCGCUCCUGCCCCUGGACGUUCCUGCCCCUGAACUGUCCUGCCCCGGACUGACCUGGUCCUCCCUGCUCCUGCCCCCGGACUGUCCUGCACCUGGACUGUCCUACCCCCGCCCGGUCCCGUCCUGCCGUCGGACGUCGUCUGUUGGGCCUCCGUCCCACGUGCCGUGGCCCCGGCCCGGGCCCGUGAAGGACACCCCCCACAGCCCGCCGCCCCCCACCCAUCCACCGCCCCCCACCUCGGAAGGCAUGUCUCGUUACAACCUCACCAGCCUCCUGGACUGGCUGUACGGGGGCGUGGACCCUCGCUUCGCCGGCAACGGGGGCCCCGACUGCGCCGCCUUCCUGCCCUGGCAGCAGCGGCUGCUGGAGAGCGUGGUGGUCCUGGCCCUGGCCCUGCUGGAGAUCCGGGUGGCCCUGCGGCACAUCCUGAGGCGGGAGCCCCCCGAGGAUGGCCGGCGGACCCGAGCCGACCCGCCCGCCCUGCCCCGUCCAGCUCAGGAGGAGAGCCCGGCCAAGAACCUGCUGCUGGUGGCCCUGUGCCUCACUUUCGGCGUGGAGGUGGGCUUCAAGUUCGCCACCAAGACCGUCAUCUACCUGCUCAACCCCUGCCACCUGGUCACCAUGAUGCACAUCUUCCUCCUGGCCUGUCCUCCCUGCCGGAGUGCAGCCGUCCUUUUCAGGUUGCAGAUGCACAUGCUGAACGGGGCUCUCCUGGCGCUGCUGUUUCCUGUGGUGAAUACCCGCCUGCUGCCGUUUGAGUUGGAGGUUUACUACAUCCAGCAUGUGAUGCUCUACGUGGUGCCCGUCUACCUGCUGCGCCAAGGAGGAGCCUACACCCCCGAGCCCCUGUCCAAUUUCCGCUGGGCCCUCUUGUCGACCGGCCUGAUGUUCUUCUACCACUUCAGCGUCUUGCAGAUCUUGGGUCUGGUCACGGAGGUGAAUCUGAACAACAUGCUCUGCCCCGCUGUCUCGGACCCCUUCUACGGCCCCUGGUACCGGGUUUGGGCCUCGGGCCACCAGACCCUGAUGACCCUGACCCACGGGAAGCUGGUCAUCCUCCUCUUCUACACGGCCGGGCCCGUGACCAAGCACCUGGCCGACUCGCUCCGACUGCCCGCCAAGAAAGUAGACUGAGGGAGGGACUGGUCAUCGUCGUCGUGGCCGCCCGCCCGCCCCCGGGGGAAGGGCCGGUGCCUGGGGAAACCAUCUCACGGGAGGGAGAGUAGCUUGUUCGAUGCCUCUCCCUCCCACCCCUUCUUCUCUCCCACCAGACCGUCCCCCUUCCCGGUCGGCCCUCCGGGCCCUCCGGUGGCCUCCGUCUUCUCCCCCUCGCCCUCUGCCGUCUUUCUCACUGGUCACAGGGGAAGAUCAGUGGCCUUAGCAGAGGUGGGGGCCUGAGACAGGAGGGGCCAGGGCCUCUCGGACCCUGAGGGUUAGUGGCCUGGGACAAACUCGGCGUAGCUGCUUUUACCGUCGGGGCCGUGGGCGCCCCCCACUCCUCACUGCCAGGGAUGCAGGCCCCAGCCGGGGCCCCUCCACCCUCAGCUCUGCGCUCUCCCCUCUGCCAGCGGGAGACCCCUGCCCCGCCUGCCCCCAGCUUCAGGUUUCAGCGUGGGAGCGGGCAAUGACUUCCUGUUCCAGGUGUGUCAGAGGGUGGGAUGGUCAGAGGGGCGGAUGGUCGGAGGAGGGUGGGGGCAGGUUCUUGUUUUUGCCACGGUGCCGGUGUCGGAGGGUUGGAUGUUCCGCGGCACGGGGGAGGCGUUGCGGAAGAGGGAAGAUGGGGCCUCAGAGGACGGUGGCUACUUCUGGGAAUCUCUGUGGAGGACAGGAGUCUGGGCCAGAGCCAUGUCAUCAGUAGGGUCGUGUGCUCACCUCGCCGCCACCGGAGGUCUUGGGGGCCUCGGUGGGCGGAGGGGUAGGGGCUGUGGUGGGGCUUCCCGAGCCAGGUCCUGCGCCCCGCUAGGAGUCGUUCAUCGGUUGGGAGGGCUGGCUGCCCACCACCCCGCCCGCUUUUGUCUCACCCCAGGGCUUCCUGUGAGAGGCAUGCCAGGACAGAAGUGGGCAAGCGUCCCUCGCGGCCCGGGGCCCGGUCCGGCAGGCCGUGUGAGGACAGGGCGUGGGGUCUUGGGGGUCAGGAGGAGCGGCGAUUCAUUCGGCGCCACUCACGAUCCCAGGGAGGGGCAUCGGUCAGCCUGCUGGUCCAGGGGCGGCUGGGCCGGCCUCAGGCCGCCUGGGUGACCGGAUGGGCCAUCCCCGGCAGCCGAGUUUGGGGGUUAGGGCUCGGUCUCAGUCCGGUCCGUGGGGUGAGGCUGGGUGGAGAGGGCCUUUCUCUCGCCACCUCCCGCUUGCCACCUUCCGAGGCCUUGGAGUAGCCCCUCGGGUCGCUACGCGAGCCGGGGUCACGCUGGGGCAACGGUGCCUCUUGCGGCGAUCUCUUUCUCCUCGUCUCUCCUCUCCCCUCCCCUCCGGGAAAGGGCUCAGGCCCAUUGACUUGUCCCCAGAUGGGGGGAUGUCCGGUUGCUUGCUGAGAGCUCGGCCCUCUGCUUCCUCGUUGCCCCCGUUCCAUCCUGCCUCCACGUCACUGCCAAGUGCUCCUGGACUUCCCUCACCUGCCCCCUCCACCUUCUGUGUUGCCACUUUGUGCCUCGCGUCUACCUGGGGACCUGGUGAAGGGCUGACACCUCCGCCUUCCUUCCCGCUUCCCUUCCCGCUUCCCUCCUCCUCCCUUCCUGGGCUUUGGUGAGAGAGCCGGGCCGGGCCGCGAGGGGCCGGGAGCCUGCCCUUUCCAGGGUCGGCCACGGGCUGCAGAGACAGGGUGCACGGUGGCACCGGCAGCUCGGCAACCGCCCCCUCUCUCCCGCCCCCAGCCGGUCCUACUGCUUGAGGAUGGCCCCACCUCCCCCAGCCUUGUCCACGGUGGCCAGAGGGCCACGGGCCCCAGUGGGCCCGAGCCCCUGGACCGUUGGGUGUACAGUGCCUCGGUUCAGCCACUCCCACCUCCCUUUGCUGCAACCUCGGUCAAAGUUGGGGUACUUAAGGGCCAUCUCUGGUCUUCUAGUGUUGAGUAAAGCCUCACUCCUUCCCCUCAAGGAAAGGCAUGGGCUGAUCCCCGGGCCUGGCGUCCCGCCCGGGUGAGUUUGGUCCCCGGUGGGACCCGGGUUGGUCCAUCCACCCCUCUGGGGGCUGUCAUCACACCGGUGAAACUUUCCGCGUGUGGGGGGAGGAAAGGCGGAGGUUUUCGAGUCCCAGAGCACGCGGCCAGGCUGCCCGCAGGAACCUGGCCCGGCACCGGCUGAGCGAGCCCCUGGGGGUGCCACAGGAGUGUUGUGUGUGUGUGUGUGUGUGUGUGUGUGUGUGUGUGUGUCGGUGGGGGAGGGGCAGGGAGGCCAACAGACAGACACGAUAUGGCCGCCGGUGUUUCCGUCCUGCUGCCCACUGUUUCUGGGGGGCAGGUUUGGCAAAGUCCCGCUUCUCCCCCGGAUCUCUUACCGUUCAUUCCUUCCUUCCCCGUAUGCCCGUUGCGAUGCCCGACUGUUGAGAACGGGGUGGGCCUCGCCAGCCUCCUGCCCUCCCUCCCACCCCCGGCCUGGGACCACUAAAAGCUACCCGGAGGAAAGGGUCCAUGGGACCCACCCUCCCACCACCCCCAGAUCCCGGCCGCGGAGCGGGGGGCCUCCGCCCGCCACUGUGUCUGCAGCUCACGGUUGUGGGUCUUUUGUACGGUGUUUUUGACUUUGUAAACCUUUUGGAUGUGCUCAAGUUGUUUUUCAGGUCACAUUUGCCAAUAAAGAGUCAUUUAUGUAAA